AUGAAUAGCAAUAGAAUCAGAAUUUGUGAAUUUAAAAAUCAAUGUUAGAUAGAAGGUUGCUCUAAUUUACAUUCUUUUGACUAAAACUACUUUUAUAAGGUUUAGAUGGAAAAAGCAAAACAUUAAAUAGUAUUAAAAUUUAAUAUUAAGAAAUGUGAAAAAAACUGUGUAGAUUUUGAAUCAUGUUUGGAUUUACACGAAAAUGAAAGAUUAUUUAUUUAAUGUUAAAAGAAUUGUUAAGACCCACAAUGUAUAUUUACUCAUGAAACAAAUGUUUUAUAAAAUGAAGAAAAAAUAUAGAAAGCAAAUGAAUAUAGAGAAUAGGGAAAUGAAUUAUAUAAAUAAGGAGAUUAUUAGAAGGCAAUAUAAGCUUUUGAUGAGGCAAUUGUAAUUCAUACAUUUUAUGAAGAAAUAUAAUAAUACAAUGUCUGUCUUUUAUUCAAAUAAAGCAUUAUGCUAUAAGAAAUUAAAAGACUGGAGCAAAGUCAAUGAGAUAUCAAAACAAGCCCUAUAAAUAGAUGAAUAUAAUUUAAGAGCAAAAUACCUUGAAACCAUUUCCAGUAUAGAACUCUAGAAAACAGAGCCAAACUCAUCAAUAUUAGUAAUACUAAGAAAUAAUUUGCAAAUUCUUCAAUUUAGUAUAUAUUUUUUUGAACUAUUACAGUUGAAUUAGAAGCUGAAAAUAAAUAAAUGCAAUCAUUAGUAAAUCUUAGCAAAGAGAAAAAUAAAAUUUCAAUUAUUAUUGAACAAUUGAAUAAGUCAGAAGAGGAUCUUAAAAUUAUUAAAUUUGUUGAAAAUUCAGAGAUAUCAGAAUAACAAAAAUAAAAUCUAAUUUCAUUUAUUUGGUCUAAAAUUGUACCAUAACAAGUUUUUUUACAAAAGCCAGAACCAGAAGAAGAAGCUCAUGAUUAUUUAAAUUGUCCUAUUACAUUUGAAAAUUUUAUUGAUCCUGUAUUAACUUGUGGAGGAUAAACUUAUGAAAGAUAGGCUCUUGAGUAUCAUACAACUAAAAAUGGCUAUUUCGAUCCUUGUACUAGAAUGGCAUUGAAACCUAACUACAUUUCAAAUUUGUAAAUAUAAUAAGCUGUCCAAGACUUUUAAAAUCGAAAUAAAUUUCAUUUGUAAACGAACGAAGCCAUUUCAUUCGAAUGA